AUGAACGGAGAACAGACAGAUCCCCAGAUUCGGCCGGAUUUGAGCUGGGCGAAAACCUACGUGGCCGGCCUGAACGGAAAUCAAGUGGUCUUGCUGAAAGUGAUGCACGAGCACUAUCAGAAGCAUAUCGAAGCCAAGAAGCAGAUGGAACAGCAGCAGAAAAUCCUGAGAGAAGCGCAGGAGAAAGCGCAAUUGGAGCAGCAGGCGAUUCUCGACUCGCUCGUACGUCAGAAGCCCGUGAAGGUCGAAGUCAACAGAACGUCGGUGUCUCCAGUGUCGCACACGAGCAGCGAAAGCGAAGGAGACAUUGUGAGUUUGCCAUUUUCUUAUCUUUUGACUCGUUUGGGGCGCCUUUCGCAUUCUCUCGGUCUCUUUCGGCUUUUAAUUUCCGUGUUUCAAAUGUGUCUUUUCAGACGGUGAAAGACGUGAUUAUCGGCAAAAUGAAGAGCGCUCUGCCACAUAGCUGUCUUUACGGAGUUAAAUCGUACAAGCCGUACCGUUCGCGCGGAAAUCGUGAGCGUUUUUUCUUCGAGGGACACCUUUACAUCUUCGACAAAUACUCGUACGACUGCAAGAAGCGCUUCUUCCGUUGCGAGCGAAAGAACACGUGCCCGGCUCGUAUUCACACUCCGGUCGAUUCGAACAAAGUGAUUCACAGAGUGCAAAGUCACAAUCACCCGGCCCCUAGCACCGAGGACUUGUCCAACUACAACAUCGACUUCUUGAAGGUCAAAUGUGGAUUCUUGAUGCCCGUGACUCCGGUUAGUUUCAACAAUCGAAAGUGCUUCUCCUCAUACUCGUUAUUUCCAGAUCCGCAUGUCUGGCAGUAACACUCCGUCUUCGCUCACCUCGCCUUCCGACCUGGACGAGGAGAACUUUCUUCCGAAGUUGGGAGCGUCCACUUCACCAAUGAACUUUCUGAACUUCGGUCAAGAGACGGUCACGGGUCAAUUGGAUGGCAGAAAGCCAGUCAUUCUGCGGAUCCCUGACAACUUUCACCGUUUGCCGGAAGCUGAGGUCCGAGAGAUGGAACUGGCGAUCACUAAGUUCCUGAUGCAAGAAACGGAACUCCGCAAAGAGUUGAUGGCUAAGAACAAUGAGCUGCCAGUCGUCUUUCCGUCGGUCUCCAAAGACGAACUGGUCCUUCUGGUGGCCAAUUACACGAAGGACGACGACUUGUUCCAAUUUGUGCAAGUGAAAGAGAGAACUGAGGUGAGUAGAGAUAUUCCGAAUGAUAAAGUGUGAAAUGAAUGUCUUCCAGGCCGCGAUUCGUGCUGCGCUGCAACUUCACUUCAAGCAGGAGUGCUCCCGAGCUCUGAAGAUGAGCAUCUCAGCGAAGAUCAACGUACCGCUGACCCAGCAGAUUGUCGACCAGUGGAAGAGCGAAGAGUUUAUCCGGGUCGACGUCUCGAAGCCCAACGACUGGAAGAUCCACGUCCUGAUGCAGAUUGAAUAA